GGAAACCAGUCCAAAACAAUGGAUGCCGCCAUAGUAUAAAGCAACUAUGAAAUAAUUUCACAGGAAUUUCUCAGAAUUUUGGAUUAAAACUAUAUAAAUAUAAACUCAAAACUUCUUCCUAUCAGUCUAUACUGUUCCAUUCAUAGUUCUAAAGGGCUGACAUUGAAAUAAAAAUAUGGCAGACGCGCAGUCGCCUACUUCUUCAAUGGAAUCAACCGGGGACACAAGUCGGCUCUUGAAAGAGUUGAUGGAUCUACAGAAAUCUACUGCCUCCUCAGUGGCUAGUAUUGAUAGAUCCUUAACAAUACGUGAAAGCCAUGAGGUCCCUGCUCAGACUAUGUCCGGAACGGUUCAGAAUUCCGGAGAUGGUACAGACCCCACUCUCACCGAACUGAUGAAGACUAUGUAUGAUGGUGCAUCUGGGAGACAACUUAUCACACUUCAGGGGUCAGACACAGCCAACAGUUUUGGUGUGUUCGGGCAGGAGGUGGACGUUGUGUCCAGUAAACCUAUGAACAAGUCUCAGACAAUGAGUGCAUCAACCGGAUCAAACAAGGUGAAGAUAACUCCGGUUGUAAACUACGACUGGGAGCACAGGAAGUAUGCUGGUAACUUGGUAGCUGUACACAGGGCCAACGUGUAUGUGGCUUAUGUCCUUAAAGGUAAAACAGGUGGAGUGGUUCGUAUCACCAACAGGAAGACAGCUGAGCGCCACCUGUUGAAGGAUUUUGUAGGCCGUGUGAUUGAUCUCGCGUUUGCACACUGUGAUGACGUUAUCUUGGUGGUCGUGGACGAAAUCGGGAACAUGUGUAUAUACGAUGUACAGCAGACGGAUGAUCGAAAGAUUUCUUCCUCUAUGCUCCUGUAUGUGCGUCGACCCGAGACGGCCCUGGUCAGUGAAUACCACCGCGUGAUCUGGUGCCCAUACAUUCCUGACGAUGCUGAUGACAGCAGCGCCACCGACUCCAGCAUGCAGGACAACGCCAGCCGCAUGCUCGUGUUGACAAAUGAUGAGCAGGCUGAGAUAUGGAGUGUAGAUUUGGUAACAAGGGAAUACGGCAAUGGGCCCCUACUGGAGGACAACGUGGACAUUGGACUGAUCAGGAUCAAGAGUCACACAAAGCCUAUCACUGAUGCAGCGUUCUCCCCUGACGGCACCGCGCUGGCUACAGCCAGUUUGGAUGGAGAGGUCAUGUUCUUCCAAGUGCACAUGAACGAAAACACUUCACCAAGGUGUUUGCAUCAGUGGAAGCCGCAUAGUGGAAAACCGAUGUCGUGUCUCUUCUUCCUUGAUGACCACAAAAACUGCAGUCCAGAUGCACUGUUCUGGAAGUUUGCAGUGACCGGUGCUAAUAAUAAUCAGGAGCUGAAGAUAUGGAGCUGUGACUCCUGGAGAUGUCUACAAACUAUCAGAUUUCUCUGUCCCCCAGGGGUUCCGUCCAAUUUCACACAUGAGCCGUGUUUGAAGGCUGCCCUGGAUCUGAGCGGAAGAUUUGUCGUCCUUUCUGACAUACGCAGAAAUGUUCUAUAUGUGUUACAAAUCCACCAAGACAUCAACCAGAGCGGGGUCAGUGUCAGCUCGGUGUCUGAGUUCACUUUGGCCCAGCCUUGCCUCAGUUUUGCCAUCCUGGAUGCGGGAACCAAACGGCUCAAGAAAUCGAAGGGAGAUGACUCGCACCUAGAUGAAAUCACCACAGGUGAGAUUGACAGGGAAGAUAUGGAUGAAGACCAGAUGAAGGAAGAGAAGAAUGCCUCCAGUCUAGGUGUCCAGAUCAGAAUGUACACUGUACACCCCAAGGCCCUUCAGGAGUUGUUGAUCCGGUUUGUUCCAGAAUCUUCUGCGCCCCCGCUGCCACCCCCCUCUGUGAGUUCAGUCUCCCAGAGCGAGGCUGGUCAGAUGGACGGCCUGUCAGACAUGAGUAUGAGCAUGGACAUGGGCAGUGAGCAUGACAGGAGCCACUCCUUCACCGCGCCACUGGCUGACUCCACCCACACCAGUCAGCCUGUGCUCAUGACGCCGGACGCUUUUGUGUCAUCAAGCCCGAGGAAACAGCAGCACUACGAUGACAGUCUGCUGGACGGAAGCGGCCUCAAGAGCAGCACGUCCAGCUUCACGCAGGUGUCCGGCAUGAACAAUGACGACUUCCUCUCCCCCCGCAGUAGUACAGGCAGCACCAUCACCCAGACACCCACCACGCCUAAGGCAGAUACACUCACACCAGGUUCCACAGCUAGAACCGAGGUCACCCCGUCUUCCGUCCCACUCCCGCCAAUCAGCAGCCGUGAGGAGCACGAGCUUGCCACGCCCACCUCGGCCAGGGGAGACUACUCUACCCGGGGCAGGGAGAGGAACAGCUCCGCCGACUUGCGGGUAGGGGAUGCCACCCCCACCCCGGACGAUACACAGGAGGUGGAGAGCUUCUUUCAGCACAUUGGCGAAAAGAAGAGGGAUCUACAGAUGGUAUCCUUAGACAGCUCGGAGGGCUCGGGGCUGUACGAGGUUGCGAACGUCUCUGGCGGUGCGGAGGGACGGGCGCAGAAGUUGACAAGCUCCUAUGAUGAAAUGGACGAAGAGGUGGCUGAAGUGCUCGGGGAAGACGUUAAGGACGAUGAGUAUCACGAAGACAACACGGGCCCCAUGGGGACACAGCCUUUUGAAGGACGGGAGGAUGGUUCAAACGUGGGCGAGAGCACCGAGUCCAGCCUGCGUGCGUGGCCUAAACCACCGCAGGUAUCAAACCCAGCACUUGAUGAAAACAGCAUGGAGAGUGGACGCAACCAGAUGUCAAAUGAUGACGUUGAUGAAAACGAGGACAUUGGCGGGGAUGAUGACAAUAUUGAUGAUGAUAAUGAUGAUGAUGAUGAGACAAACGAUGAGGACAUUGUUGUUGAGGAGGAAGAAGUGGAUGAAGAGAAGGUGGAGGAAGAGGAGGAGAUUGUGGAAGAAAUAGAAGAAGAACAGGAACCAUCUAAUGAAUGCCUGGAAGACAAGAGAGGACCCAUGGUGGCCCCAGUGGCUGGAGCGGGAUUCUCUGCCUCUCCACGUGAACAGAGACCAGUUGAGAUACGAGAAAUUCAUAAAGAAACUGUCCGUGAAGUGUUUGAUCAAAAGGAAUUGAAAAAGCUGCACACCAGCGUAGGCAGUAUUCUGCAGGCCAUGGAGCGACAACAACAUCAGCUGGAUCAGCUGCGUAGAAACAUUUCGGAACAGCAUGAAAACUACCUUGAGCUGCAGCGGCGACAGCACGAACAAGAGCAGUUGAGGGCGGUGUCGGAGGGCUCCCAGCCGAGCAUCGAGGAGCAUCUUGGGAAGCUCGAAAACAUUGUCACCUCUCGAGUCGAGCGCCUCUUUAACCAGCACUCACAGAAAGAAGCUCAGCGUGUUCAGGACAUACUGCGUCAGUCAGACAUCCGGGACGAGAGGAAGCACGAGAGGCUCUGUACCUCGGUCACCGCCACCAUCACCACCAACGUGAAUACCCAGCUGGAGAAACUUGUGAGGAGCACUGUAGUGCCCAAUAUAACCAAAGUACUAGAGCCAGUGCGAGAUCAGAUCCACCAUGACAUGGCACAGAAGUUAACAGCCACGGACUCCCUGCUGAAGGACAAUAUCUCAAAGAUGGUUCGAUCAAGGCAAACCGUGGAGGCCAUAGGAGUAGCAGCAGGCAAUGCCAUUCAGGCCCCAAUACAGGCAGCGUACAGGGAGGCCUUCCAGAAUCUCGUGAUACCGUCCUUUGAGCGUGCCACACAGAAUAUGAUGCAGCAAGUCACAGAGAACUUUCAGAGGGGCACCAAAGAAUACACACGUCAGUUGGAGUCCCACCUGGAAGGUGUGCGACAGAAGCACCUGGAGUCUCGAGACCCAGUCGUGGCCGAGCUGCGCAGGCUGACAGAAUCAUUUCAGACGUCAGCCGAGCAACUACAGUCUCACGUCCUCGCCACCAUACAGAGUCAGCUCAACAACGAGGUCCAGAAGUCUAUGGCUCGGUUGCAAGAAUCCCUUACACAGUAUGUACGAGAGGCAGUCCGUGAGGAGGUGACAUCCUCCAUGAAGGAGCAGGGAACCAAGAUUAGCGACAAUGUGAUGCUCGCCAUGCGCUCAGGGGCAGUAACUCCCAUGAGGACGACCCCUGACCCCCAGAUGGAGAAGACUCAUAUUCUGAACCUGCUUCGACAGGGCCAGCUGAACGCCGCUUUUCAACAGGCGCUGUCGGCGGCCAACCUGGACCUGGUAAUGAGCCUGUGCGAGGUGGUGAAUCCCUCGCAGGUGUUCAACCAAUCACCGUGUCCCCUCCAACAGCCUGUCCUUUUGUCCCUCAUACAGCAGCUAUCUGCUGAACUGGAGAACCACACAGAACUCAAACACAAGUAUUUAGAGGAAGCAAUCAUGAAUCUAGAUCCAAACAACACCAUUACCCAAGAACACUUGAAUGGGGUCCUCUACUCCCUCAAUCAGAAACUGAGAAUUUACAUCUCGUCUCAUCCGAACCAGAAAAUCACUCGAUCACUGAAAAUGUUGCUCAUGGCAUCCGAAUCGCUUGUCAACAGAUAGACAAUGUUCACCUCUUUGAUUUUUUUAUUUUGCAUAUCUUUCAAUCUCCUCAAGUAUUUUUUUUCAGAGAAAAUAAACUUUAUUUACCUUGUCAAUAAGUAUGUGCAGGACAGUCUGCUCCAUUCCGUACACAAGAUUAUGUGUCAGUAGCACAAAAUUUGAGUAAAUCUCUAAAAGUAUUACUCCAACGUAUUUCAGGUCAAUGCUGGUAAUAUGUUUAAUGCAUAGCUUAUUUAUAUAAUAUGGACAAAAGUUAACGACUUGAGACAUCAUGUGAUACAAAAUUGAAUACAAAUAUCGUGUGGACAAACAAAAUCAUAGAAUUUAAAGGGGCAUUUAUGAAGAUAAUAAUCAUUGAAUUUUUAAGGGCAGAUUUUGCCUGUGAAAAAUUAAAGUAUUGAAUUUAACAGGCCUGUUAUCUGGUGAAAAAAUCCUUUAAUUCAAAGAUGCAGUAAUCGUAUGGAAAAAAAUAAUCUAAAGGGACAACAAGCAAAUGGUCUAAUAUUAUUGAAUAUUAAAGGGCAAUUGCAUCAUGUAGACAAAUAUUCAAUGAAUUUUAAGGGUCUGUUAUUUAGUUAAAAAAAUUUCAAUUUGAAGGGGCUGUUAUAUGGUCAAAAAUGGUUGAAUCUCAUUGGGCAUUUUGAUAAUUUUGAAAAAAAAAAUGAUUUAAUUGAAAAUGCAUCUAAUUAUAUUGACAGAAAAUCAUUGAAUUUAAAUAGGCACUUUCACAUUUUUUGCUUUGAAGAAUAUUAUUUUCCACAGGAUGUUCUGUUUUUUACAAACGUUUUGGUUGUUUUCCUGAGGGUUUUUAAAGUGUGGGUAAUUAGGGACAAGAAAAGUGUUCAUCUGAAAGGCAUACUUUAUUUAUUUUAAACACAAAAGUGCAUUGUAAAUAUCAAAAUUGUCCAACCAAUUCAGCAUUACAUACUUACAGUGUUGACAGAUUCUAUGAAUUCUUGUUUUAAAAAAAACUUGUUUAAAGAUUUUUGUUAGUUUGUGCCCGUGAGGCUAUCCCUUUCAGAAUCCUCAGCUUAGUUUUACUUGUUUGAUAUCAGCCUGGCAUGCAUUUGCGUCUAAGUUUGUGGUUUGCCCGACAUUUUCUUGGAUUGAAAUAACGUUUUCAGAAUGAAAGGUUUGCAUCUGCUUAAUACUUUGCAUGCUGGGAAAUUUGUCUUCUGCUGUCUAAUCUGCUAACAUUUUUUUGAUUUUUUUAUCAAAGAAUACUUUCAGAAUAGCAAACAGUUUGGAUCCUGAUCAGGCGCCACAAAACGUGGCGUCUGAUCAGGAUCCAAACUGUUUGCAAAGUCCUUUAAAAUUUGGUUCCAGCACUGAGAGUUAAAAAUGUGAUAUCAUGUUUGAUAGAUUUACACACCAUCGCCUAUGUUGAUUGAUGAUAUUUUUGAUAGUUUGGAUAAGAGUUAUGAGGCCAUAAGUGUAUUAAUGUAUAAAGUAGUAAUCAUAUUUAAAUACAUUUGGACAUGUUAUAUAUUCUAUGUUAUUUGUCAAUUUAAGUUCGACUUGCAGUCAGAAAUUCCCAAGUCUCAGUUAUUUUUUUAAAUGGAAGUUUGUCAUAAAAACAUUCAAAAAUGUGUUGAGGAACAAGACACCAAUUUUAAAAGUACACAAGUCUUUUUUAAAGUAAAUGAAAAACAAGAUUAUUUUUUUUAAUGAUUGUUAUAUUUUUGGAAUAUUUUGUUUACUCCAUGUAAAAGGUCAGUUGCAAAGAAUCCCCAUGAUAUUCAACAAAAGUGUUGUUUGAGGUAAAAUAUAUGCACAUGUCAUAAUGCACUUGUUUUAUACUUAUCAUA